AUGGAUACACCAAACUCGCUCCGAAUUGUUCAUCUGGCAGACUUCAAACCAUCCUCCUCAUCCCGUGCUUGGGUUUCGAUUCCCAAUCCCAAUGGUCUUCCCCUAAUCGCGACCGCCACGUCUGAUAAAACGGUGCGCGUGUAUUCCCUGAAGAAUUUCACACUUCAUUCUACUCUUGAAGGCGGGCAUUCACGCUCGGUGCGAUCUGUCGCAUGGAAGCCCACUGUGAAAAACAAUGGGACGUUAUGUAUUGCAACAGGCAGCUUCGACGCAACAAUGGGAAUAUGGAGACGGAGUGAGGAUAUGUCAGAUGUGAUAGGCGAACAGAAGCAACAGGGUGAUGGACAGGUUGAUGAUCCAGUUGAGGUCGAGAUCUCAAGCUAUGGACAGCCAAAGCCACACAAGCGGGACAAUGGCGAUUCGGAUGAAGACGGGGAUGAAGAUAACGAAGACUGGGAAUUUGCCAUUGUCCUCGAAGGACACGAUUCGGAGGUGAAGAACGUAGCAUAUUCGCCAUCAGGCCAGUGGCUUGCGAGCUGUUCAAGGGACAAGAGUAUCUGGAUAUGGGAGGAAAUCGGCGACGAAGGGGACGACGAGUUCGAGACUAUUGCUGUCUUGCAAGACCACACCGCAGACGUGAAGUACGUCUGUUGGCGCCCAGACGAUGGCAAUGGCGAGGUCCUGGCGAGUGCCAGUUAUGAUGACACAAUUCGAUUUUGGAAGGGUGACGAUGAGGGCGAGUGGAGUUCUAUCGCCGUGCUAGAAGGCCAUGAAGGAACGGUAUGGAGUCUAGACUGGGAGCCCGAGGUCAGCCAAAAACGAUUCCCGUCGGAGGAUACAGAUCCUACUUCAGACUCAUACAGACCCCAAACGCCACGCCUCAUAUCCUCCUCUGCAGACAACACUAUCAGAGUCUGGUCCAUCGCCCCCUCUCCUCCACCCGCGAACAAGCCCUCAUAUUUCAACUCCGGCAUCCCCUCAACUAUGCGAUCCGGCCCGGUGAAUGAGACCUGGGAAUGCACCGCCGUCCUCCCCAAAGCACAUGAUCUCCCAAUCUACUCCAUUGGCUGGAGCAAGGAAAGUGGGAGGGUAGUUUCUACCGGGGGCGACGGACGCUUGGUGAUUUAUGAGGAGCGCACCAAAGGCCGAACCGCUGUAGGUGGUGAAGUCGAGCGGGAGUGGGUCAUCCUAGGCAUUCUCGAAGGCGCACACGGCCCAUAUGAGGUUAAUCACGUAGCGUGGUGUACGCGGUUCGACGCUGGAAAGAAAGCAGUGGAUGAAGAAAUGCUGGUGACAACUGGAGACGACGGUGAUGUGAAAGCGUGGGCGAUCGAUGAACUCGCCGGACCGGAGGGAAGUCGUGUUGAGGAGAGCAUGAAUGAGGUUUCAAUAUCUUGA